AUGGAGCAGCAGCAGCAGCACUUGUCCGAGUCGGUUGCCUACUUGGCAGAAGCACCCCCUAUCCCCCGACGAUCCCGCGAACGAGACCGCAUCCGAAACCUCUUUGAUAACCAACAAGACGAAACCAACAAGCCAACAACAAAAGUCGAACCGGAAAAGACAAGUGGACAAACUUGGAGGCAAACAUUGGAAAACCACCGGAGAGAUCCCAACCGAACCCCCGAACGAAAAGACAAAGACCGACGCACCGACCACGCGUCCGCCGCCGCCAGCUUAGCAGCCAGCGCCAACAACGCCAACCCCAACCGAGACAGGGAUCACAGGGAUAGCGACCGGCCAAUCCAACCCGCCUCUCCUGAGGUCAUCUCGUCCCUCAUCACAUCCCUCUCCACCAUCUCGCGCCCGCUGAGCACCCAUUUCGAGUCGCCCUUCUGUCUCGAACCCAUAGGCCUCACCAGCCCCAUCGGCCUGUCCUUCAACGACUCCCCCACCCAAAAGUCCGGUUCGUUCGGUGUUGACUACGGCGCAUAUUCCAAGCCAAACGACAGUCAGUGGAACGAAUAUGUACCCGUAGACCAAGCCACCGCAAGCCCUCCCGUUGUCCGGACUGGCAGAUCCCGUCCUACAUCCAAGAUAUCCGUUUCCUCCAAGGGCGCAAAAUCACCAAAGAGCCCGGCCCACACGCGCGAACCCUCCGGUCUCAGGAGCUUGCUCUCGCGCGGUAGCAGCAGCGCCUUGUCGCGAUCGUCGAGCAAGGCCUCCCUUGCAUCCGGAGUCGAAAGCAUUGGCAAGCUGAGCAUCGGCAGGCUGAGCAUUGAACGAGGAAGCGAACCGGUUUCUCCCGUUGUAACCGACCCAAAACCAUUGCGCCGACAAAAAUCUGCCGAUAGCUGGAAUUGGAGGACAGCAGGUCGCAGUCAGCGCGGGUUGAUGUACAUGAGCAGCAAGGAGAGAUUGCGCGAACAAGAAGCUGAGAAGAACAACAAGAGGGCGAGCGUCAUUGGCAUUUCGGCACUAGCGGGAAGUUCAACAACGGGACUGGUUGGAACGGGCACAACAAGCGGCAGCUCGACACCACGUCUUGAUCCGUUUUCGGUAGAGAGCAUCAUCAGCGAGGAACCAGGCACCGAUUUUCCUCUUACACCCAAGUUGUCGACCGAGUGGGAACCUCCCAGCGGCUUCGGGAGCUCCCCGCCUGGUAUCCCAACCAGGGAGUCAUCAUUAAGGAGGUCACAAAACCCCAAGCGGUCAUCUACCCGGGCUUCGCGCAUGUCGAGACGUGAUAGUGACACUGGCGCAAACGACACCAUUCACGAACUCGAAGAAUAUCCCAGCGAACCCCCCGAGCCAUCCACCGAGAGACCGAAACGUCGCGAAAGAAAGAUGCUGGACCCCUUGCGCCUCUCUGCAGACUUACAUGUGAAACCAGCAUUAUCCACGCCUACAAUCAACAUGUUCCCAGAAGCCGAAACCGACGAUGUUGCGCCGUCUCCCGCUAUUGCCCAGUCACGGCCCCAGGAUCGCGAUGCGGACCCCAAAUCGAAACGAAAAUCUGCUUUUCUGAACCCGGACUCUUUGGCCGGUAACGGUGAUAGUAACGGGAAUUCGGAUGUGAAAAACAAGCGAGCUAGCAAGGGAAUCGGACCGCACGUCACGUACGAAAGGCCAAGGAGCGCAGACAGCAUCGACGACGCGGUGGAGGCUUACCUAUGUAGUCCCCGACUGAGCCAGAAGAUCCGACACCCGCAGACGGGUCGCGUAAUUAGCUUCAGCGAAGUGGGCGACCCCAACGGGAGUGCCGUCUUUUGCUGCGUGGGCAUGGGUCUGACGAGGUACAUCACGGCCUUUUACGACGAGCUGGCUUUGACGUUGAAGCUCCGGAUGAUUACCCCUGAUAGACCUGGAGUGGGCGAUAGUGAGCCGUACAGUGAUGGCAACACUACGCCCUUGAGCUGGCCUGACGACGUCUAUGCGAUAUGUCAAGCUCUCAAAAUCACAAAGUUCUCCAUCCUCGCCCACUCCGCUGGCGCCAUCUACGCCUUAGCAACCGCGCUACGCAUGCCUCAACACAUCAGGGGAAAGAUCCAUCUCCUGGCUCCUUGGAUUCCACCAUCCCAAAUAAACGUUAUUGGAGGUGGCUCCCAGAACCCUUUACCACCGACCAACGCCAUCCCCACCAGCCAGAAAAUCCUCAGAGCCCUACCAACACCCAUCCUCAAAGUCGCCAACAGCAACUUCAUGGCCGCCACCAGCUCUAGCAUCACCUCCUCGCUACCCAAGCAAAAACGCGCCAAGCGCGACAAGAAAAAGGACAAAUCCUCCCUAGGCAUAAUCGAAAACAAAGACUCCGACCGCCCCGCCACCUCCUCCGGCAUCAUCCACACUUCUUCUGCUGCAGCUGCUGAAGGUGCAGACGAAAAUAUGGACCGCAUCCGGCCCACCAUCACCAACAGCAACAAAGGAAUCGGCGGUAGUAACGGGCACAAGCACACCCGCUCCAAAUCCACCAACCUAGCCGGCAUCGACGAAAAUCACACACCAAGUCGCCACUCCACCCUCUCCGACUCGGACAUCGCCGCCGCUUUAGCUCUCGCCGAGCGCGAACGCCAACAACAAUACGACCACCGCCUCACGCACGCUAUCUGGCAAUUAGCCACCACAGGCGCCAACCCGGCCGUGGACCUUUUAGUCUGCUUAGAGCGCCGUCACACCAUUGGGUUUCGCUACGUGGAUAUCACACGACCCGUGGUAAUCCACCACGGUAGUCGCGACGCGCGGGUGCCCGUGGAAAACGUCAAAUGGCUAGGCAAAAUGAUGAGAAGGUGCGAGGUGCGUAUCCUAGAAGGGGAAGGCCACGGGCUCAUGGCUAGCGCGCAGGUCAUGGGCGGGGUGCUGAUGGAGGUUAGUAGGGAGUGGGAGGAGUGGGGACGGGUGACGGGACAGACGCCUGGGGCUUUGAGUCAUGGUGGUACGGGUAGUGAGAGGGGGGCAAUGAUGGGGAAAGGAGGAGGAGACGGGAAGCAGCUGGGGCAUGGACAUAGGAGGGGGACGAUGGAUCGGUUGGGGAUGAGUAUGGGGAUGAGUUUUGGGCUGGGAGGGGGCGGGAAGGAUCCGAGGGAAUGA